AUGUCUGAAACUGAUGUGAUAGACGAAUUAUGUGAAGCGAAUGGUCAAGAAAACGCUCAAAUUGAUGCUGCGAGUUUCUUACCAUUAAUGCUUCAAGCUCAAGAUCUCGUUAGUAAACUUGAAAGUCGAGUAGUGGAACUAGAAAAUGACCUUGAGAACAUAAAUGAAAUGCAUGAACAAGAACGUAAUCAAUUACUUCAAGAAAUAGGUGAAAAAGAUGAAUAUAUUCAUGAACUAAAAACAAAAAAUAGUCGUCUUGAAUAUGGUGCUCAAAGUCAAUUCUUGGAUAAUAUCAGUCUAUGUUUAAAUUAUUUAAAAUCCGCUCAAAAUAAUCAAAAAGGUCGAAAAUCUAGUAAAAAAUCUUCUUUACUACCUAUACGGUUUGAUACAAAAGUUGUUCCAUCAAAUAACGAAUCUGACUAUAAAGUUGAUUUAGUUAUUCCAAAACUUGUUCAAGUAUCUAAUAAUGUUGUAAAUAAUAUUGUUACCAAUGAUGAUUAUAUAAACAAUAACCGGCUGGUUCACCAUGAUAAUUCAAGACUUAAUUCAAGAAUUAAUUCAAGAAGUAAUUCAAGAAGAGAUUCUAUUUGUGGUAGCCAAAUUUCGCUGGACGAUAUACCUGACCUUGAUGAAUAUGACUUGGAUGGUUCUGAAGAUAUUGCUGAUUUUGAUGCUCUUUUAUCUGACGAUGAUAAUUGUCAUGAAAUUACCGAUGAACCUGAAGAAAUUGAUUAUGAUGAUGAUGAUGAUGACCUUAUUUCAAAUGAUAUUUUACGUCCUUCCAGUUCCGUUUCUAAAUCUGAAAGUUUCUGCUCCAGUUGCAAUACAUUACUCGCUCAAGUUGAUCAACAUAUUGAAGAACGUGCUUACCUUAAACGAGAUCUCUCAGCUUUAGCUAUAUCUCUUGCUGAAGAAAAGGCCCUCUGCGCAAAAAUUCAAUCAAGUAAAGAGAGCUUGGAACAAGAAAUAGAUGACUGGAUAAAUGGCAUGUUUGUAAAGCUUAAUCAAAUGGUAUUUGAUGAAGCUAACACUUGUGAAGAAAUAGAAUGUUUAAAUAGAGAGACUAAAGGCAAAUUAGAGAGUAUUUUGAAAUCUUCUGGUAAUAGACAAGAUAGAUUAAGAGAAAUGAAAUCUUUAUUAGUUCAUUUAGAUUCUAUUAAACAAAGGCAAGCUGUUCCUGCAUUAAAUACUUCUAGAAACUCUGUACUUCAUCGAAGUUUAUCAAAUUCAUUGAUUAACAAUCAAAGAUUUACAAAAGCUUUUGGUCAUAUGUCUCCUAGCAUUUUUACAAACAAAAAUCCUUUUGAUAAUGUCUUAUUAUUUAAAGGCAAACGUCUUUAUAUUGAUGGUAUAAUUUUUGAGGAAUUCCAAGAAUAUGUAAAGUUAUUCAUCAACUCUGUACCACCUACUAGUUCUACACCUACACAUCCAUUUAUGAAACGUUGCAUGAAUGAAGAUAUUCAACCAUGCUUAUUUGAAGGUAGUACUGGAUGGAAAUCUCCAUUUUACAAAAGACGUCUAUUAGAUGCUAUCAUGAAAAAUCAAUGUGAAAUACAAGCGAUACAUUCUAGUUUUUCAACCACUGUUUCAACUUCAUCAAGUACAACUCAAGUCAACAGUCCGAUAGAUACACAAAGUAAUUAUGAUGAACCACCACCAGCUCCAAAACUUAAAUGUGGUCUUUGUGGUCAUACUAGAAGUUGUGAUUUCCGUAUGAGAAUUUCGGACUCGGAUGUUGCAGUACCACCGUCGACAACCUCAUCGUCACUUUUUUCUGUCACAGGAAACCCAGGAUGGAUUCCAAUUGAUAGGUUCUGUCGGGAUCGUGUUGUUGCAGUAUGUGAUUUUUAUGCAUUCCUUUCUCAUCUACGCCAAGGCUUAUUUUCCAAUUCACCGGUGUGGGGAAUGUACAAACAAUGCCUCAAAUAUCGUAGAAAGAUGUGUAUGGCACGUGUUGGUAGUGUGAGUAUGUUUGAAGAGGAGGAUGCUAUCAGUAAUGAUUAUUUGAGCAAAUCUGAAAUGGAAGGAAUGGUUGUUAUCGUACAUUAA